AUGCCGGGAGAGGUUCUUCUUGCAAAGUCAGAGGGCGACUUAGCGGAAUUGUUGGAAAAUCCCUGUGCUGGACCAGAGGAUGGCCAGCUGCGAGCAGAGCCUCCCACCCAGACAAGGAGAGUCGAGAGAUUUGCUGCUAGGCAAGAAGAGAAAAUCUGGGCAGACUUUAAAAAAUUCUGGGUUUAAGCUGGUGCUUACAAACCUUUGAAAUCUGCGGGUGAAAGUCUCGUAGAGGAGCCUGAAGAUGAAAUAUUCUCACUUAUCGCCCAAGAGGCAGACUAUCUAGCUGACAAGCUGUGCAGUGAAAAAUCAGGUAUUCGCCUCAGUUGUGCCGAUUUUCACAAAAUCUACAUCUGA